AUGGCAAGCAGUUGGGGAAUGGAAACCUGGCCAAGCACCGCACUUUUUCAAUGCGCUCGAGGCCCAGCAGAUGCUGGGCAUCCCAUUGCCCCGCGUGAUGGAAUUUGCCAGGCUCUUCGACCCUCAAGGCUAUGCCAGAGCGCACCAGACCAAGAGCCCUCGGGUCAGCGUGGGAAUUAUCAGGACUAUGUGAGAAUAAAACUUCCAAUUUCUCCAUUGAUCACAGUUUGUAUUUUGAUGUCCACUGCGAUCUCCAAGAAGCAAAAGAUCCGCUUCUUGCUGGGAAUCUUCGACGAGAACGACAAUCGCGCCUUUGAGGAGGAAGAGUUUGUGGAGAUGCUGCUCGCACUUUUCUGUGGCAUGGGUGCCAUGUUCAACAUGCUGAAUUUGAAGGACGCCAUGCCCUCCAAGCAGCGCAUGGAAGCUCUGGCUAGGCGCCUCUUCGGGCGCAUCAUUGAUUUCUAUCGAGACAAGACAGGAGAUUGUUUUUUGGACGAGAGUAUGCCCUUUACUGUCAUUGAGGAUUGGCUUUUGGGCCAAAACAGCGAUGCCCUCAAUGCACCUUUCGCCCUCUUCAUUUAUCGAUACUCCGCGCCUGGGGAGGAAGAAGACCCAGAAUUGUUUGAAGAUGAGGAUCGGAAGUUUCGACUCUCGCAUACGGCGCCGGUGGUUCCGCCGCUAGAGACAGCAGCGUCAUUGGACGCAACAUUUCUCAAUCGAAAUGAGGUAGUUGUUGCGCACAAGCUGUUCAACCACUGUCUCUCCACUGGAGGUUUUGGCAUGUCCCAUUCUGAAGCGGAAGCUGUAGUGGGACCUGUCGACCAAAAUCUUUGGAUUGAUAAACUGCAUCGAGCAUUGGACGCCACGGAAGAUGAGCGGGGAGUCAGCAGGACCACAUUCACGAGCUUUUUGAAGAGGAUUUGCCCCAAGGCUAGUGGACGGCACUUGCGCAUGUUUCACAGCUGGAUCAAAGAGUACGAACAUUUGGAAGGAUUGCAGCAGGAG